AUGAAACUCCGUGUCCGCCCCGUGUAUGUCCGCCCCGUGUAUGUCCGUCCCGUGUAUGUCCGUCCCGUGUAUGUCCGCCCCGUGUAUGUCCCCGUGUAUGUCCGCCCCGUGUAUGUCCGCCCCGUGUAUGUCCGUCCCGUGUUUGUCCGCCCCGUGUAUGUCCCCGUGUAUGCCCGCCCCGUGUAUGUCCGUCCCGUGUAUGUCCGCCCCGUGUAUGUCCCCGUGUAUGUCCGUGCCGUGUAUGUCCGCCCCGUGUAUGUUCGCCCCGUGUAUGUCCGCCCCAUGUAUGUCCGCCCCGUGUAUGUCCGCCCCUUGUAUGUCCGCCCCGUGUAUGUCCGCCCCGUGUAUGUGCGCCCCGUGUAUGUCCGCCCCGUGUAUGUCCCCGUGUAUGUUCGCCCCGUGUAUGUCCGUCCCGUGUAUGUCCGCCCCUUGUAUGUCCCCGUGUAUGUCCGCCCCGUGUAUGUCCGUCCCGUGUAUGUCCGCCCCGUGUAUGUCCGCCCCGUGUAUGUCCGCCCCGUGUAUGUCCGUCCCGUGUAUGUCCGCCCCGUGUAUGUCCGUCCCGUGUAUGUCCGCCCCGUGUAUGUCCGCCCCGUGUAUGUCCGUCCCGUGUAUGUCCGCCCCGUGUAUGUCCCCGUGUAUGUCCGCCCCGUGUAUGUCCGCCCCGUGUAUGUCCGUCCCGUGUUUGUCCGCCCCGUGUAUGUCCGUCCCGUGUAUGUCCGCCCCGUGUAUGUUCCCGUGUAUGUCCGCCCCGUGUAUGUCCGCCCCGUGUAUGUCCGCCCCGUGUAUGUCCGCCCCGUGUAUGUCCGCCCCGUGUAUGUCCGUCCCGUGUAUGUCCCCGUGUAUGUCCGUCCCGUGUAUGUUCGACCCGUGUAUGUCCGCCCCGUGUAUGUCCGCCCCGUGUAUGUCCGUCCCGUGUAUGUCCGCCCCGUGUAUGUCCGUCCCGUGUAUUUCCGCCCCGUGUAUGUCCCCGUGUAUGUCCGCCCCGUGUAUGUCCGUCCCGUGUAUGUCCGCCCCGUGUAUGUCCCCGUGUAUGUCCGCCCCGUGUAUGUCCCCGUGUAUGUCCGUCCCGUGUAUGUCCGCCCCGUGUAUGUCCGUCCCGUGUAUGUCCGCCCCGUGUAUGUCCGCCCCGUGUAUGUCCGCCCCGUGUAUGUCCGCCCCGUUUAUGUCCGCCCCGUGUAUGUCCGCCCCGUGUAUGUCCGCCCCGUGUAUGUCCGUCCCGUGUAUGUCCGCCCCGUGUAUGUCGGCCCCGUGUAUGCUCAUCACCGAGUGGUGAAACCAACGAGCAAGGGUAGUUGUAUUGAUCUGGCUUCCACAGGAGAUAUCCCCCGGAGUCUUAACAUUUUAUCGACUCGUUGA